AUGGAUGCUUAUGGCACUUCAGGGGAUAUCAAGAAGGACGUCCAGCAGGGUGUGGAAUCGGUACUUGGUGGGCACAACCAUACCAAUCGCAGCUUCCGAAGCUCCAGGACCCCAGGAAGUAGUCCUGUCCAGUCGUCCGUGAAGAUGAACUCCAACGCGCUUGCGCAGGUGGCUUCCAUUCCUCUGGAUGCCACAUCGUGGUCGGGAGGUGUCCGUCUGUUGAUGGCUGUGUCUCCGGUGGCCUCCAGUGGUGGCAUUCUGCCGGCACAGAAGCUGGUGGUUGACACAGGCUCUUCCACCCUUGCCUUCUGUCAGAGCAGCUUCCUCCAAGAGGCAGCCUACAAGCCCACAAAUUACAUCUCUUGCAACCAGUACAACCCGGGCGGUGAUGCUACAGGAUACUGGGGCCCUUUUGUGGUGGGACAGAUCCAGGCUGGCAACGUGACCUUCUCACAGGCCUCCUACAGCAUCAUGGAGCAGGAGCAGAACAUGCCUUGCAAGGAUGGCAUCCAAGGAAUCUUUGGCAUCGCGUUCCGCCAGUUGGACGUUGGAUUCCCGGCAGAGCAGAAGCCAAAUUGGCUUGAGGGGGGCCCCUCUGCUUCGUGCCCGGAUGCAGCUGGGGUGGUACCACCUCCACUGAUGCAGAACUUGCGGGCACACGGUGGCGUGGAGAAGCUCGGCAUCUAUUGGUCCGGGCAGUUGGGCGAGAACCAGGGCCGGCUCUAUCUGGACCAGGAUGCGGUGCUGAACGAGCACUACGACGAGUCCCGCAUUGUGGGCCCUGCAGUCCUCGGAGAGAUAGGCUGGUACGACAUAAACGUUCAGAAGAUCAGCUUGGGCGGUGAGGAGUUCUCAAACUUCAACUGUAACCCUAGUCAGCCGGGCCAGCAGUGCAUCAUGGACACAGGGACCCCAGCUUUGGUACUGCCACCGCAGGUCUUCGAGUAUGCGAGCCAGCUCAUUGACAUGGGAGAGCCAGCAACAUUAUCCUUCUGGCUUCCCGGAACCUCGGGGGAGAAUGUGCCAGUGUCCUUUGACUUGAACAUCCUGAACAAGAUGGCGGCGCUGUCCAAGGGGGGUCAGGGAACUAACAUUAUCCUCGGACUGCCACUCUGGGCCUUCUACUACACCAUCUUCGAUAUCAGUGGCCAGUCUGUGUCCUUCUUUCCGCAGAAGAAUCAGCCAGCCGUUCCUUCGCCCCAGGAACCUGCAGCGUCUCCUGUUCCAGAGCCUCAGCCGGAGCCACUGCCGCAACCACAGGCAGAACCAUGGCCUUUUGGGCCCUUUACAGGACCCGAUCCCUGGACUCCCAUCCCAGGCCACCAGCCAGGCUCAUGGCCCGCGCCUCAAGGAAGCCCUUGGCCCAGCAAUGAUCCCCUGGGACCUUUUGGGAUCAUCUUUGAAGGAAAGCCUGCGAACUCCACGGGCAAGAACACUUCCUCAAGUGGAGCAGCGCGGAGAAUGCAAGAGCUUACGGUGCAUGUGUGA